GACUAACCCCACUUCUUGAGAAAUAAUAAUUGGAAAUUCUAAUAACUAAUUUAAUUGCUAAAUCAGGUUGGGAACCUUAAUAUUCAAGUUUAAUCGAUAAUUUAUUCGCUAGAAAUGGUUUAGGUAUGUUAGAGUAUAUUUAAGCGUUUGAAUCACACUUGGGAAUAAUUUUUAGAAUUAAGUAGGAUUUGCGAAAUUAAGUCGAGGUUAGGGAGUAAAGUGAAAAGACUAAAUUACCCUUACCUUACCUUUCCAUGCAAACCAAACAAGACGUAUGACACAAAUCAAAUCACAAUUGCUUUUAACCAUUUCGAUACGCAACCGAUGUUAUACGCAAUCCAUCCUCACACGUAAACCGCUCUCACAAACUACGGCACCACCAUACGUCCAAUCUAUCUCACGACUUAAGACCACAGAUUCAUUUCCUUCCCUGCACAAGACCAAAACCGCAAAUUAUUUCUUCCUCCUUCCAAACCGCAGCAUUAUAUCUCUACUCUUUGUUCUUAUACCACAAACCACCCAUAUCAUUUGCUCCACAUUUCCAUUUCCUUUCUGCCGUGAGCUGCGGGCGGAGUGUCCAAGGGAAAAGAGCCGAGCUUUCAACUUUUCUUUCCUUUCAUCCGUGAACUAGAAAAAAAAAAUAAAAAUGGUGAACCCUGCUGCUCUAUACUCGAUCCAACCGUGAGGUAGUGAAGAGAGCGGAGAGCUAAACCUUCUCCAUUUUGGUUGCAAGCUUGGACAAGAGAUAAGAGGGGUGGACGAACUGAAAGUUUGGACGGAUCGAGAAGGAAGGAUUUGCAGAAGCUAGUCGUGUGAACUAAACUUCAAUCUAAGGUAUGGAGAAUGGUAACGGGCAUGCUAACGGUAGUAGUGAGGCUAAUGGACACGUAGAGCCGCUAAGGUCCAUUUCCUAUAGACCUCGAGGAGGAGGAGAUCGAGUUCGAUACUCCCCAGCUGAUAGGUACCCUAGGUGCCAGUGUAGGGCCACCUAUGCGUAUCCCAACACGUUGGUGUUAUCUCUUGAUGAUGAGCGCCGCCACUUGUGGGACGCUAACCACACCUUGACCCAGGAUGUGGAGGAGCUGAGUAUCAUGGUGGAUACUCAGUUCGAUCGCAUAGCUGACUUGGAGAUUAGGCUAACUGCUGAGCAUAAUAUGCUGGAGGUUGCUCGUUUGGAGAUAGAGAGGCAGAGGUCUAGAGUGACCCGACUUGCUGAGGGGAUCAGAGAUAGGAGUGCUGGCAUCAGGGCUGAUGCUUCUAUGCUUAUGGAUGAGGCCACUAGUUACCUUCAGGAGGAUGAACAGGCAGGUACCGAGGAGGACCCGGAGGAGGACCCAGAGGAGGAUCCGGAGGAGGAUCCAGAGGAAGAUCCGGAGGAGGAUCCGGCUGAGGACAUUGCUCCUGAUAGCCCUGCUGAGGGUUAGACUGGGAUUGACUUGAUAGUAUUAGCUUGGUAGGAUCAGUUCAGGAACAUUAGUCAAGUCAUCAAGUUUUGUCUAGGUGAAUGACUUGCUUCCAAGGCACCAUAUCCCUAAUUUUGUGCUUAAGGGAUUAUUUGUAUGUAUUUUUGCUAACUUGUGUGCCUUACUUUAGGAAAUGUUCCAACUUGCAAAUUGUAUGACUGUUCCACGGAAAUAUAUGUUAAGUGUUUCA